AGAGCAAGAAGCAUUGUUACCGAUUCAAAUUAUGCAAUGAAGCAAUUAAUAGGGAAUUUUGAUCUCUUCACCGGCAGGUUACAAAUGACGUUUUCGUGUUACAGAACGAACAGUUUUAUUUUGGAUGUAGUUAUGUUUUUAAGGUCAGUAAUUUUUUUGAACACACUUGUCUACAGUGAAACAAAUGAGUAAUACUACGCCUUGCAUGAUAUACAUAUUUUCUCCGUGGUUUGCAGAUAACGACUUUCCCUCCCGAUGGGUAUUCAACGUCGGCAACUUUCGACAUUCCAGGUAUGCCUAUCUUCAAGUUUUAUUUUCAUCGAAAAAACAACUCAAAAUGAAUCAACAAAGGUCAGAAUUUUUUAAAUUUACCAAUGAAUUUUGAUUGAAGUCGACUGGUGUGGGAUAUUCUUUAGAUCAUGUCAGAAAAACUGUCUGAGCUCGUCCUCCUUCAUUUUACCCAUCUCUUACCUCCGUUUUCCUUUCUCAAGGGAACGGAGAAAAGCGCAAAGUCUCAUAUGCAGGUAUUUGGUCCCACAGAGACUGGUACAAAAGAACUCUUUGUAUCGUGUGGGGGAGUCAGAGGACUUUGGGGAGGGAAUCACAUGGUUUUCAGGGGGGUACGGAGGGGUGUAAGUCGUUGCCAACAAACUAUAAAGGGGGAACUAUACAGAACUGACGGCUGAUGAACGUUACCUUUGGUCUUAUGGGUUGUUUACCGUUAUUGGAUGUUUAUCCUGAAGGAAAGAGAAUUUAUUUGUAUGCGUUCCCUGCCUCAUAUCAAACGACUUGCGUCAGUGUUACGAGACAUUCGAAACCAAGGAAUACCUAAAGCUAUUUGGUAUUUGCGCGCGCGCUUCUAUCGGAGCAACUUUCGCCAAACAACUGCACAUACUAAGGACUAAUCCCUUAUGAGUUAAAGCGUGGUGUUAAUUUUUCAUUGCUGCGUAAGGAGCAAGUCAUUAUUCAUCCCCUUGUAGGAGAGGGGUGUCAGAGGAGUUUCGUUGUGUCACGAUAACAUGUACCUGAUCCCCAAUAAGGUUCCGUAAUGUACUUAUGAUUCCCCCCCCCCCCCCCCCACUCAUUGGCAGUUAAUUAGCAGUCUAUUUUUCUCUCUCUCCCCCCUUUAAACUCCGUUGGCGACAGCUGAUCUCCCUCUUUUGCCACUAAAACCAUGUGAUCUCCCAAAAUCCUCUCCUCCCGCUCCCUCAGACGAUAAAUUGUGACUGGUUAACGAAAACUGAUUACUGAUUAAACUUUAUUUCAAAUGUUUUGACUCAACAUUCACGACUGCAUUUCUUUACAGACUGUAUUCAUGGAUUUUGUUUUUGUGAAAGUAAGUAUUAUCCAAUAUAUCAAACUCCAGACGUUUAAAAUGAAACAAUAGCAUACACAAAUAUCCAUGACGCCCCACACCCUGUUAUAAUGUUAAUAAUAACAAUAAUAAUAAUAAUAAUAAUAAUAUUAAUAACACUUCAUUCUCUACCUUCAUGUAAUUACUCGUAACUUCUUCAAUUAUUUCAAACUUUGCCGGAGGCUCUGUCUGAAAAAGGUAACGAAAACAGCCAAUCAGAGUGCAGCAUAACGCUUCAUAGGGUGAAGCGUUUCUAGCCGACCUCAAAACCUGAAGAAUAUUCGUAGUAUGCUGUCGAAAUUUCACGAUCAACCUCGAAAGUUUCAUUAUCAUAAUCUUUAUUUUUGUAUCAUUGUAGCACUCACCGCGAAAAAAAAACUAUCAUUGUUACAAACUCUUUCCACGCUGGACAAUGGCAUUGAUUCAGGAUAUUUUGAGGAACUAAAAUUGCUUAAGUUUAUCGAAUGUUGUGUAUUUUAAAAAUUAAUCAAUGGUCUUGAUUUACUAGAUCCCCCCACCAAAUUUAAAGAAUCAGAUUACAUUCGUGUCGACCAACUCGAGGACAAACUAUACACAAACAGAACAACUGCUCAUGUGACUUGGAGCACUGAAAUCUGGGAAAAGAAACCUGCGUAUUUUAAGUAAGUCGACUUCAGCGUACACUGUAUUGAAAAAUAUAUUUUUUCUCAGGUAUGUUUCCUGAAAUACAUAAACAAGUGUAAUAAGUGUGAACAAGUAUGACAGCUCUGUAAUUAUCUGUAGUUAUAUGGACAAUGGUGUUCUUUAGACAACCAAACGUUGGCUAUUUUAAUGAGUUUGUUUCUCAGUGUUAAGGCAGGUAGGUAAUCCGCAGAAAUACGCCAUGCACGUGCACCAAUAAAAAUUCAGAACAACUCAUUUGAUGCUCUCUUAGCUGAUAAGUUACAGUACAUGCAAGAGAAUGGAGAUCUUUGAAAUGAAGCUCGUUCGAAAUAUAUUAGACUUUGAAAAAACAAUUUACACAAUGUUUCGAUUUCGCCUUUAAAUCGUUUCAGUUGAUUACACACAGGAGAAAUCAAAUACCGUCCCUAAACUUACAAAAGAUUCCACCACUAAUAGUAAUUUAAUACUGUGAAUAAUUGAGGACUGUUUCUUUCCUCUUUCUUUUUAUUGACUACAUGAUUGCUUACUUCUUUUAGGAUUCUUUUGUUAGAAUGUCUCAUACACUGCUCUCCAAUAACAGGACAUCAUAGAGACAUUGUCAAUGCAAGCUUAAACGGACCGGUAAGAUAAGCAACACCCAAUUGCAAACAAAACCAUUGUUUGAUAUAUUGCACAUUCACACUUAUUUAAACUUUGGCGGAGGAGUCACUAAAUUAUUUCAUAUUUCGUUCGAAAUCCAUGAACUUUUUUCUUUAAUUUUUAUUUUUCUUCGAUUUUUCCCCUCCGUUUCAACGAUUACAAGCCGUUUUAAUGAUUAUAACAAAGAGGGAAAACGUAGAAAGAAAAACAUGUAACCAAGCUUAUUAGACGCCCUUCUAGUGAAAUUCCUUUUUCCCAUAAAUUAAAACAAAACAGUACUUGUAUAAGAGAGGAAAAGGGGAAUCAUACUAUAAACAGCAGACAGUAGCUAGAACCAGGUCAAAGUAAGGCAGUAAUUAAUACUGAGAAAUGCAACUCAUGAAAAGCACGCUCUAUAGGAUUUUGGUGCUGCAAGUGGCGUAAUCAUGUUGCUCGGAUACAAAAGACAUUGAUAGGUUUUAUUUUCAUUUUUCUUCAGAAUAACACGUACAAUUUCUCGUACUUCAACUUGACCAACGGCGUAGAAUAUCGUGCUCUUGUAAGUAUUACCGUGACACUUUUGCGUCUCUAUUUUUCUGCCUUGGAAUGAAACCCUGGUGAGUGGGGAAUCUGAUGAGGGUUACUGAGUGGUACUUCAUUAUGAUAUGUAAGUUGGUUCUAAGUUAACUUCUGUUGAUAAAACCCUAAUGAGUCAACACCAAUCAUUGGGGUCUAAAUGGGCUCAACAGUUAGCCUUAAAAGAUAGAAAAAUUUAGCUGUUGAGCGUCAAAUUGGAAAAAUUUAAUCGUGAGUCAUAAAAAAAGUUAACCGUAAACCUUUUCCUGUCGAAGAGAGCGAAAGAAAGUAACCGUCAGCCGUGAAUUGGCCCAAAAUUUUAGCCGUUAGCCCGUAAAAGCCAUCAUUUCAUUGAGAACCUCAAUUAUAUUUGUUUCUUUGUCCACUGUUUAGGUUUAUGCAUAUGACAGUAGUGGCUGCCGGUUCGAAACAGUAGCAGGGAAAAAAUUCCGUGGUAAAGUUAAACGCUAAAAUAUCUUUGUAUGUUUGCCUUCCUCCAUAAGAAACCGGUCGAUAUUUAGUGCCUGGGAUGGGGGGAGGUUGGGAGGUUUGAGGUUUUUGAUUGUUUCGUGACAAAAUGUCCCUGAUUCCCCCCCACCCUCCCUUUUAGGGUUCUGUUAUGUUCUUAUGAACCCCCCCCCCUUAGUGGGGGGGGCAGUCAAUUUCCAAAAGUCACCCCCUUCAUACUCUGUUAGCAAUGACUGAUCCCCUUCGGUUCCUCCCGAAAACCAUGUGAUCCUUCCCCCACCUCAAAUUCUUCAAACCACACCGCCACCACCACCCCCUCACACCACCAUGCGAUUACUAAUGAACUCUUCCUGAGACCCAGCUAUUUCUCUAUACACCGUCUCUCUCCUUCCUUUUUCUCUUCUCUUUCUAAGUCGACUCGACCAGCAUACAGCUAUAAACCUGAUUCAGAAAUGGCAAAAUCUGUAGUGGGGGCCUCAAGCGCCGAAAGAUUACCUUUAACCUUUUGACUACCUUGAGUGACCAAGACAGAAUUUCUCCUUAGAAUAUCAACACAGAAUCAAUCAGACUUUCGAGGAGAAUAAAGAAGAAAAUUCAAUAAGGGGACUACAAGUUGAUCUAAUACCAAAUUCUCCAAAUUGAGAUCAUACGUAUUUUAUGGCAGACAGUAGGGAGAAUUACCAAUGAGAUCUUGGGAGUUAAAGGGUUAGAAAUUAGGUAAUGUUCGCUAUUGUAUGGUUAGCCUGAUAGCAGGCUCUCUGGCACUGCGGAGACGAGCUGGCAGAUUUCUUGAAGUUUCGAUCGCACGACAGCACAAAUGAGAGCCUGAGGGUAUAAACUACAAGCUAAGCGUGCAAAUUCUUCUGAAAUAAAUAUCUCGUCUUAACGUGCAGCUGUUAUACCGACAAUGGCUCCAACGACGGAGGCGACCACAAAGCCCACGACACGCGCCACCACCACGACAAGUGCCACCCCCACGAUAAGUGCUACAUCCACGAUUGAGAGUACAGGGGAAGGUAAGUCUUUACCAUUAGGAUGAAAGCAUUUGAAGCACUGAGUUAUGAAAGUGCCAUAAUAAAUGCAUCUUAGAUAUUAAAUAUGGACUCUUAAACUUGAUUGAAAAACUACAGAUUCAACUGUAUUGCUGAUCUCUGUUUGUAAACCCAGACCCCUAAUUACUCCUCACUCAGCUAAAAACUUGAUCAAGCUUUCAUGACGAACAGGAUCAGCUCUGUUUACAUAGCGUCGAUAUUUAAACUCAAAAUAUCCAUGCCAACGCAAAACUUUUAGCCAAUUACACAAAAAAAAGUUUCACUUCAUAACUUUUGACAAUGCGAUGAUUGGUUUUUUUUUCUAAAUAUUUCUCCGUACAGUCUCCACAACUGCAGCACAAAGAACGUCUCCAGGAACAGUAGCUGCCAUCACAGUGCCUAUCAUCCUGUUAGCGGUGGUGGUAUUAUUACUUGCGAUGUUUUGCUUCUAUCGUAAAAAUAAGAAACCCUUCAAGGAGCAUAUGGGACUACGACGCCUCGCGAGUCACUCCGACGACAGAGUCAGUCCACGAAGGAAUGUUGGCGAUGUUCCGUCAAGUCUGGAUGCUAACAGCAGGUGAAAUAAAAGACACUUUUCAGCUCUUUUCAUCUUAAAAAUGAGAGAGCUUAGAAUUGAUUUCAUGGAUGUUUGGAUCGCUCUUCUAUGGAAGGAGAAGUGACUGGAGGCUAAUAAUGCCAUUUAAUUGUCAAUCCUUCACUCCCAUCAAUGACCAAGGCAGAAUUCUUCAAGCGGAAAAGUGAUAAAAAUAACGAAAAACAUCAAUAAAGGAAUAACCAGUUGAUCAAAGGGUUUAGUGGUCUUGCGUAUAUCACAACAGAAUGAACGACUCCUACGGCUGGUAGAUGCAUGUAUUGAAGAAAAAAAUAUGACUGAUCUUUAUUUGUAUGCUUAAAUACAUGUUUAAUUAACUUAAAAUGAGACCUCUGGAUUAUUAUUUUAGUUUCGACCGUGUUGUCAAUUUACCAUCUAAGUCCGAGGGAGGACUGGAAUUGAACCCAGCCUACGUGGAGCAGCGUAUUCAAGAAGCGGUGGAGACUGGUGAGGCGGACGAGUUUGAGUUUGGUUUUCAUCGGUUGGAACUUAAACGUGUCCUUGGUAAAGGAGCCUUUGGAAAAGUUUUCCUAGCGGAAGCGUAUGGCAUUGGAGGAAGUGAAAACACAAGUGUGGUCGCUGUCAAAGUACUUAACGGUUAGUCAAAGUAGAACGGUUUUACUUAUGAUCAGUGGAAAAUAUAAUAUAUUCAACCGAGAAACGAUGCAAUGUACUUAUAAUUUGACCAGAGCUGAGAUUAAGUCCACGAUCACUAAAAUACCAGUGCAUCAUUCCAAUUGAGACCAAGCAAAACCCAUGAAAACAAAAACAAAAGAAAGUCCUUUACUAUUUCAUACAAAUUUCAUACGUAAAACACCAACACUUAUUUUGUUGUCUUCCUUUUUUUACCUGCUUUUUUUUGUCUCCUUGAACAGACAAAGCUAAUGAAGAUGAAGUGGAGGAUUUUAAGAUGGAAAUCAACUUUAUGAAGACGAUUGGUCAUCAUGAAAACGUAGUAACCAUGUUAGGAUGCUGCACUCUUUACCCUCCUUUGUGUCUCGUGGUUGAAUGUGUUCCACAUGGGGAUCUGCUACAUUAUUUGAGAGACCUCAGAAAAACGGUAACCAGAACUUGAAUCAGCCAUUUUCUUGAAACAAAAAGUACAGCAACGAGAAAAGAAUAUGUACUUUUUUAAGUCUUUUGUCGAUCGACAGUCAGCGAGAUAUAGGAGGUCUUUUGGCCAUGUAAUAAACCUCAAUUGACCAUCUCUUCUCGGUCAAGUUGGUUCAUAUUUAUUGGUCUUGAUAUUCCCCUUUUGACGACUUUGACUCGCUAGGUUUCAUGGGCUAUACCGCAAUAUACAACACGCAGAAAAUUCUCAUUCCUUUAUUAACCACGCCUGCUCGGUCAAGACGGAUGGAUAUCGGCCUUGUGUUUUUUUCAUUUUCGUUUCACUGACCCCUGACUUUUAGAAGGACGUCAGGCAUUUUAUUUCCAGUGAGAAAGAAUAAAAUGCCCCUUGACUAACCUACGACAGCUCAAAUUAUUUACAACUGCAGCUGUUGCCGUCUUAUUGUGAGAUACUUCUUGGUUCUCUUUUGAUAAGUUUAUUCCAAUUUUUAGUUUGAGCAACAGUAUCGAAAGCUACAAGGAGAUAAUGGAAAAGGUCUCAAAAACGAAGAGAAACUAAGCACGUCACAAACUUCCCCGAACGGUUCAGAGUCCACCGCAGGCAGCUACUCCCAUCGUCCCCUGAUACCUUCAGCUAGUGACACGGUAAGUCCUGGGCACUACUGUUUACUGUCAACUGAAAAACCCAGCAAGCUUUGAUUUAAUGUACUCGAACUAGUUCACCUGCUCAGAUCCAAACGCCUCAAACAUAUCUCAUGGCACUUACCACAGGAAAUAAAUUUUGUCGUUGUGCCUAAGCGCAUGUGCUAAUUGAUGAAUUAAAACAUUUAACGCACCAACUUCCAUUCAAAGCAAUGAUUGGAUUUGUUCGUAGAGUGCUGUAAAACAACAUCCACCUGAAACCUGUGGUAAAGGAUAGCAAUGUUUUAUGACCAUAAAAUGUUAUUAAUUUAAACUUUUCUUAACCUCAUAGCAACACUUAACUUGAGACUGACAACUUACAUAUUUCUUCUGGACUGCGACAUUUAAGUACUACGAGUAAAAUAAGCAUUUUAAUAAUGUCGUUUCCAGGCCAUUUCGGCUUUAGAGUUGGCAGCGUCCCAACUCGAGUUCAAUCAAACAUCACAGCCACAAGACAACCAACCAUGUUCAUCCAAGUCAAAUAUUCAUCGUCCGCCUCUUAGACACUGCAAAUCAGAGGGUAAACAACUCACAAUCGCCAACUGGAUCGUAAGAAUAAGCCUGUUUUAAACUUCUCAAGUAGUUUUCAUGAACUGCGUAGAUAAAUCAUUAAAAAUUAACCCUCAUUAAAUCAUUUUAUAAAUAAACUACUCCUCAUCUUCCCCCCCCCCCCCACUUAAUGAAAACACUAGCAUUCUAUGCGUUUUAUUUGUCUGGUACAAAUCUGAACGCUUUAGUUCUUUUAAUAAACUUCUUAGCCCUAAUAUUGAGGUUCACCAGUAUUCUCUUAACACCUCCUCGUCUGAAAGGUCACAAAUGUUUAAUUUCAGUUACUGGAUGUCUUAUAAUGUAUUGUUAUGGACACUCAUGCACCAUUUUAAACUUAAAAUGCUAAUCAAAUCACCAAUAAAUUGUUUUGAUUGCCAUACCUGCCUCCUCAUUAACUCCUAAAACCAGCUGCAUUAAAAAAGGUUUCGUUUUGCUAAAUCUAAAACAAGUGUGGGUGAAAGUGAUACGUUAAUCAAGAAAAAUGCAAAAAAAAAAUCACUCCUUUUUUUUCUUUCUCUUAUGGAAUAUCUGCCUUCAGAAAAAAUGCGAGAAGUCUCUUGACUCAAGCGAGAAGUCCGAGUUCAAGAGAUCAACAAGCUUGAAGAGCUUAAGAGCUCUGUCUGUUCUGAACACCGUCAGGAGGGCCUCAGAAAUCCCUUCGGCACAUUACGUAGCUAGAGGCCCUACAGAUGCAUCAAACAACACAGAAACAACAACAGUGGGUAGGGAAACAAUUUUCUUGUUAAUCUCAAAGAUGUUGACCAUUUUCAUUCGGUAUGAUUAAUUCCGCCACUUACAAUAUUAAGACUUACACUAAUUAUUGAGAAUUAGUACCUUGACCGUGUUUUUCCAAAGAACAUCUACAAAGAAGAGUUCAUCCGACGAAACACUCACCGACCUACUGAAACUACCGAACUACGCGAUGAACUAGCGACAAUGCAACUCCUACGACUACAGCGACUAUACCAUACAUAAAGGGCGUACCUGAUAACAUCUCGCGCAUCUUACAACCCUUCAAUAUUCACGUCGCUCACAAACCCAUUACUACACUACGUUAGUUACUGACUAACGUCAAAGACAAAGACGAACCGAGGAACAGACAGGGAGCAGUUUAUAAGAUCAAUUGCUCCGACUAUCACGCCUCCUAAAUUGAUGAGACUGGCGGAAACCUCACAACCAGACUGACUAAACACAAACGAGCGACGAGGAAAGGCGAUGUCAACAAUCACAUUACUGAACAUCACCGACUUUAAGAACCACACUAUUGACUGGGACUCUGUAAAACGCCUAACCUACAGCACCAACUACUUUCAACGACUGACUCUAGAAAGCUGGUUUACUGACUUAGAACAGACUCCCCUCAACAGGGGUCAACCACUACCGGCACCAAAAAACGACUCAUCCACGACAUUAACAUUAUAAACGAAUCGAACAGAACGACCCAAAGUUACUCAUGGAUCGACCAACCUACGCCACUUGAGUCUAACAACCAAUAACAUCGAUCACGGCAAAACUGACCAAUCAGUUUAUACAAACCGGACUUAGAACAUUCGAAUGACAAAAACCAUUCACUUGACUCUGAUGAUGACUUCCGCUCAGGUUGUCGAAACGUCAGUCACCACUACCGAAAACAGUCCUUCUCAAGACUACAUUCACCCGCACGAUCAAACAAUACUUUUACACUACAUGUAUUACUUUCAAUACAGUGCAUACAUUACUUACAAUACGAUCACUUACGCUAUUAAUAAUAUUACAGUACAAUAAAAGCUUAUGAUGCUUACAAUGCUGACACUUUAACCACUUACACUGCAAUAUGAUAACUAAUGCCACUUGCAAUAUAAUUUGAUUGCUUCUGCUACUUGCAACUUUUACACCUUUGACAUCACGCAUAUUUGCAUUAUUGUAUUACCUCAAUCCUUGCUAUGUUGAGGGGGAAAUCGUAAAUCAAGUCAGUGAACAAUGUUCAAUUUUCAUUGCAUUUGGAGUUUGGUUUGAAGUUCAGGAAUGUUGGAAUUCUUAUAAAAACCUUGCGCGAAUAAAGAGUGUCUCAUGAGGAGCAAGAGCAGAUCUAGUUUGCGCUUUUGAAUGAAGGUCUGCGAUAUUGGCUAUAUUUGCCACUGAAUUACUCGAUCUUAAUUGACUUUUUUUAGCAAUAGACUCUAAAGAAGCUUCUAGAGCUAAAGCUGCUUCUGCCAUGAGUCUCGAUGGUGCUUUGGAAUCUGGUGAUCUCCAGUCCUUCGCUUAUCAGAUUGCCAAUGGAAUGGUAAGUAGAUUUAUUUUUAAUCUAAGUAGACACAGCAGUCGACUUCUGCGCAUGCGCGAACGUUGUAAUAACUCGGAAACAUGCUUUCAGGCAGUCAUGACGAAUUUUCUUACAGGAGUUUCAAGUUAUCACACAAGUCGGUUAGUCAUAGUGUUCAGUUUAACCGUGUAACCUUUUUCGGUAAAGCUCAAAACAAAAUGUUAAAUCAACGGGAUACCUGUAGUUCCAUAAGCUCCGAGUUUAAAAAGUCUUGAGUUUCCCUUGACCUGCCUACUUUUGUUUCCUUUUCUGAAUUUUAAUGAGCUCGAGCAUUUCAAUUGUUUCACACAUGAUUUUCGUGACAGCCAUCGUUUUUUUAUGCUUUCCUAUGAAAAUUUGCGCGGCUGGCCAAACUUGAGCCCCUUGCGCGUAUUUGACCACUUUGUAGAGGUAAUCACAUGAUUUCGGGUGCAAUUUGGUAUAAAUCAGCUCGAGUAAAUUAUGGGUAAACAUUUACAUGAAAAAAUGCAUCACAGCAAGUCAAGAUAAACAAAAUUUUGACUGUACGCGCAAUUUAUAAUUUGCGCUCGUAUUAGAACUUUGCACUCGUCUUACAUUAAAAAUAGCACCGGCUUUUAGCCAAUCGGAAUCGCGUAAUUUUUUCAUGCGUGUUGAUAGGCAUCUAAGUAUUGCCUUCCAUUGUAAUCAUCCCGCUGACCGAAGAACAAUUUUGCUAUCUUUUGUGAUUGAAGGCGUAUCUAUCUGGAAGAGGAAUAGUGCACCGAGAUUUGGCAGCGAGAAAUAUUCUGGUUGGUGACGACAAAGUGCUAAAAAUCUCUGACUUUGGUCUGUCAAGGGAAGGCAUUUAUGUGAAGAGAAGCACUGGUAAAAUUCCUCUAAGGUGGCUGUCGAUAGAAGCCAUGCGCGACCGCAUUUACUCCACUGAAAGCGAUAUGUAAGUAGCACUGGACAUCAAAUACGACUUUUUAGAUUAUUUCCAAGACCUUUGGCACCUGGUCUUACAUAUAUUCCAAAAUUUUUUCCUUCUCUGUCAUCUUAUGAAUCAUGAUCUCCUUUUUUUAUGCAGAUGGGCAUUCGGGAUUGUACUGUGGGAAAUUUGCACCCUGGGUAAGCUUGACUCUAAGAUUGAGUUGUAUUUGUGUCAUAGUUGUGUCUUACUUGCUGGGAUUUUGUGGAUGAUGCUGUUGUACAAUUUCCUGCGCAUUAUUGCAGACAGAUAAUCUCACUUACCCUUGUUCUAUCUGUUUUGCAUGUACUUUUAGGUGGUUUUCCAUACCCAACGAUAAACGACAGAGACCUUUUAGAGUUCCUCUUGGAGGGGGAGAGGAUGGAGAAACCGACAAAUUGCACAGAUGAAAUGUAAGAUUCUUCUUUAGACAUACCUGUUCUUCUGCCAUCGCAACAAAAUUGACCAGUGUUGAAAUUUUAGUCCAUGUCACCGACAAUAGUCCUGGGGUCUGGGGAUCCAGGCUCCAGGCUCCUCCUCCUCCCAUUAGGCAUGUAGGUAUUUCUACAACUAGUCUGAAACCAAAACUCUUUCAUCGACAGGAUCGCAUAUUAACACUCAUGUUAAAGUAUUCAAAAUAUACUGAUCAUGAGAUAUUUCUAAAGCUAUUGAUGCUCUUAGGUAAAAACAAUUCUGUGUUUUCUGAAUUUAAGUCUGUACCUCCCCUCCCCUCCCCUACCCCCCAUCAAAAUUCUCAGAUUCGCCCGACUUACGUUUUGCUAUGUGAAUGCAAUGUAUGCGUGUGAAUUUUCUGGGUUUGAAUUUCAAGCGAUCACACUAUUUUCUCGUAUUGUUUUGAUUUUUAGCUACCAGAUCAUGCUCGGCUGUUGGUCACAUGAAUGUGGAGACCGACCUUCUUUUCAGAGCUUGCAAGAGCAGUUAUUUGACAUGCAAAAAGAAGAAAAACCCUAUGUAAAUGUAGAUCCGUCCCACGAUUUUUCUCUGCCUCCGACAGCAGGUCUAGGUAAGAGCCAUAGCGUGACAGGUAUCCCCAGGGGUCCCAUAAGGAGUUUGAACGCAGGCAGCUGUAAACGCUCUCAAACCCAGAACCUCGUGUUUGAGAAAAUAUCUGUUCAUUUUCUUGCCUUUUUAUUAGAGAAACAAGCUGCAUAAAUUGUAACAGAUCGAACCUCGGUAGCACCGUUUAACAAAUCGAGUCGUAGCUUUGGGAAUAAAAUUUAACAGCAAUCGUUAGUAUCAUUCAUGUGGACCGCAUAUCGCUAAGUCCACAUCCUGUAUGAGUGACCAAGACAGAAUUUCUACUUACAAUUAAUGUCAGCGUAAUACCAUACAGAUAAGUGAUGGGAUAAAGAAAAGUAUCAAGUAAUUUGUUAAUUCAAUACUAAAUUCUCCGAACUAAAAUCAUAAGAAUUGCGUUGCAGACAAUAAGGAGAAUUUCCGGUGGGAUCUUGGGUGUGAAAGGGUUUAGGCAUUCAGUUCUCGAAAGCAUCAGGAGUGAAAAUAGAGACAAUUUAUAACCUUUCAAGAGGCCAUACCCAAAAUGUCAUCUUCCGUUUGGCAGAUUCUUUCGGUUCACGCAAAUGAAGAGAUUACUCCCCACUCCAGGGAACCAUUUACUCUGAUAGCUAUAAAACCAGGGACGUGGACUUUCGUUCUUGAUCAGUCAUGAUGUAAUUUCUAUUACAGACACUGUUGGAAACCUAAUAGCUUUCAGCGACGGGACUUUUAGUGGAGACGCUGCUGACCAAUUGCUGUCUCAGACGGAUUUUUCUCCAGAUCAGUCGGUAGGUGUUCGAUGUUGUUAUGCAACAGGUAGCUAGUUCAUGACAGAACCAACUACAGAAAUAAUUGAUGGUGGAAAGACCGAAGGACUCUUAUGUCAGCGGUCAGUAGCCGUGAAAAGAAUUGCGAACAACGGUCUUAUAUCCGCAAGGCUAUUCGAGUCUAAUUGGUCAAUUAGAUGAAUAACGAAGUGGAUUAGCGUCUUGAAUCAUUUUCCCUUUUUUCACCGAAACUGAAGCCAUUUGAUUUUUGAGAAAAAGCAAAGAUUGUCAUUACUGCACACUUUUGUAGCAUGCCCCUCGCCACGUAUCGCCUACCAGCGAUGAAGAGAAUGCUGGCUAUGAAAGUUCAAAUGGAUCAGAGGACUUCACAGUUUCGUUUGGAGACAAAGCUGACAGUGGCCACAUUCAUCUCCCUGCUCUGUCAGGACAGCCAUCGGUCGAUGCAGAAGACAGAAAUCCUGAAUUGCUGGUUUAAUGUUAUCAUUUUUUAUCAUUGUGUCCAUUCAUUAUUAUUAGGUUGUCGUUUUUAAUCAUGCCUGCUGAUUGUAUAAUUCUGUACAUUAUCUUCGGUAAGUUUUCAUAUUUAUUUCAAUGGUUCCCCAUGGCUCUGAAAUUUGGAUCCUGGCCUUUCCAUGGGAAACAAAUACUUAAGCUUCAAGCUAGAUUUUAAACAAGCAAAUUUUUUCUUUAAAAAAUUUACUUGUCUUAUAUUGUUAGUUAAGACUGAACUUUGAAGAAACAGGGAUUUCCAUGACGAAGCUCGAGACACCGGCCACCAGGCCUUAGUGCGUUAAUGUAAGAUUGAAUCGAGUUUUGCAUGGAAAUUUUUGGUGGACUUGAAUUAAACGCUGUAAACAACUGAUGACCUAAAAUAAACUAGAUGUAUUUGCAUUUAUUCUGACUCCAUCUGAAGGUAUAGUAAAACACAGAUGAAGAUAUGUCGUCGUUGUCGUUGUUUUAUUUCUUUGGUUUCUUACAAAGAAUUUAAUAUUUGGUGUUUCCAUGUUAGUCGGUCGGCUCGAACCGGCUGUACUGUAAAAAUUUUUUUUUAGAAAUAACUCAGAACCUUAACCCGACAAUGCAGCUUUGAAAUGACUUCAGAGCGGGAGGGAUAGUCAAAAAAGACCGAAGUUACAAGAUGAAAUAUUUUUAUUCUGUGUUUUAACAAGUUGAGUUUAUUCACAUAUUCUGUUAGUCCACGUACGUUCAUUAUUAAAAUGCAAAUUAAAAUAGUUAUUACGAAACCCGAGAAACCUCUAGUGUAAAAGCAAACGCGGUAAACGGUUUAAUCUUGACCAAGUUUAUUAUGAAUUGUUGUAGAUAGCGGUGUUUAUAGAAAAUACUCCUCCAGCUGUAGAAAUUUGAUUUUUCGUCAAUGUCAUAACAGAUAGUUCAAGAAAAAGGCCCUUAUUUGGUAAAGCGUUAACAGGAACAUAUUUAAGCUGCUCAGAUCAGUUAUCAAGAUCGUGAGCAUAAAAAAACCAUCCUAUUUUAUCUAUUUUUAAAAUUGCCAAAUCAGAGCAGUUCAUUGUAGAGCUGGUGAGAGUAGUACGUAAAUUUACUGACUGACUGAUGGGUGGUAUCGAUCUUCUGUGGACCUGUAUCUGAUUUUGAAAAUGAAUGUAGCUUUUCAAUGUGAAAUUUGCUCUUAAUGUUCACGCUGACACAAAUUUUUAGGACCACGAUUACUUUAUUUUAUUUCUACAAGAUUUGUAGACUGCUUGGCUGCUACAAAAGAAAGUCGCGGGCUCAGGCUUUCCUUCCUCUCAUGUCUUUCACCUUCAUAUUCUGGUUUUUCCUUUUGCUUUCACAAUAUCUGAUGCUACGGUAUAAUCUAACCGACAGAAAAACACUGCAAUCCCAUACGCUAAGCUACUUUAUUAAACAGCGAAUAAUGUUCUUAGCAAGGAGCGACUUCUAAAAGCAAUACAAUACUUAUAGUUAAGAAACUUAAUUAACCCCACCGCAGUCUAUAUCCUAGCUCACUACUGACACAAUCUCACUACUCUCUCCGAAGUUCUUUGAAAUGAGCAAUAUUCUGCAGUAGCUCUCUCUCGAUAAGGCUUUCUAAACAGUCAUCGCUCUGACAACAACAACUACUUACUACUACACAAGUGAGUCUUUUUAUAUAUAUAUAUAUUCUAUUUAUUCUGCUCUGCUUCAACGUAUUGAGCACUGUUCCACGCGAAA